AAGCGAAAAGAGAUUCAGCAAAGGGCGUAUGGCCAGCCCAAGUUCAACCUCUCCUUGCCACUAAAAAGUUAUCCUUUAUUUUUUCCUCUUUAAAAUCUUGGUGAUUCUUCUGCUAUCCUCAUAGCCCAAAACUGGAUACUGAUCACCACCAUAUCAAUAUUCAUUUUGUUCAAUUCUGGUCCUUCUAAUAUUCCACUGUUUUAAUAUGUCACAAGCUGCUAUUCUUGGAGCUGGAGGCUCAUCUACUUGUUCUGCUGCAUUUACAAGGAAUCUCUCCAUCAAACCUCCUUCUUCAACUCCAUCUCAACUACCCCCUCCCUCUCACCUGAAAACUACAUUCCAAGGACUCUCUCUUCAGGAUGCCAAAAGGGGGGUCUCCAACUCUUUCAAUCCUUUGGUGAAGAGUAACAGAAGUUCCUUUAGAAAAAGUGGACUCGAGAUCACAGCAAGAACUGCUGCAUCAAAGAAUAUUGAAGUUGAAGUUGAUAAGCCAUUAGGCCUCACUCUGGGGCCAAAGAAUGGUGGUGGAGUCCUGAUUACAGGUAUUGAGGGAGGUGGAAAUGCUGCCAAGGCAGGGCUGAAAGUCGGGGACCAGGUAGUAUACACUAGCAGCUUCUUUGGGGAUGAGCUUUGGCCUGCUGACAAGCUGGGAUUCACGAAAACCGCCAUUCAAGCUAAGCCAGACUCUGUCUACUUUGUUAUUAGCAGGGGUGCUGAUGUAGAUGUUAAAAGGCUACCAAAGCGUCCAGCCCCUCCUCGUUUUGGUCGAAAGCUAUCAGAUGCUCAGAAAGCUCGAGCUAGUCACAUAUGCCUCGAUUGUGGAUUCAUAUACACCUUAUCAAAGCCUUUUGAUGAUCAGCCGGAGGAUUAUUUGUGCCCUCAAUGCAGAGCACCAAAGAAGAGGUUUUCGAAAUAUGAUGCCGAAACUGGGAAAGCUAUCGGAGGAGCACUUCCUCCCAUUGGUGUCAUAAUUGGCCUUGUUGCUGGUAUUGCUGGAGUUGGAGCUCUGCUUGUGUAUGGCCUUCAGUGAUAAAAACUGCCUGUCACAUUUUUUUUAAGCAGCUUCUUUGCAUAAUUUUUUCUUGAUAUACGUAUUUGGAUAUUGUGCCUGAUAUUAAAAGAGAUUAACUAGUCAAUAUGCAUGUUCUUUGUGUUGUAAAACUGAGGCUGAUGCAGAGGCGACUCUGGUGCUUUACCUGGGAGUAAUACUUGAUUUGUCUUC